AUGCUGUCAUUCUAUGAUGAAUCGAACAUCCAAUCUACUAAAAAUAACAUUGCAUUAUUCGAUGCGAGGGUUGAACAACAACAACAACAAGUCACUAACAUGCACACUCAGAUGAAAGACCGUAUCAGGUCUCAGAUGACAUUAGCCAUGUUGAUUAUUUCACAGAAUGCGAGUGAUAUAUUGUCACGCCGAACCACGUGCAACAUCAGUCAGAGUUUGUACUUUGUACAGGCCACAACACGCGAGGAGUACGCUCACAUCGAUUGUUCUAAUAAACCUACCGUGAGCGCAUUUGACGUGAGCCAUUACAUACCAGAGAUCGUCUAA